AUGGAUGUAGCCAUCAGCUGGCUCUAUGCACUUUUGCCCAUCUGGAUGCUGUAUGGAGCCAAGAUAGCAUGGAGGCUUAAACUCUCUGUUAUGGUACUCCUCGGUCUUGGUGCAUUGAGCUCUGUCGCGAUUAUCAUCCGCCUGAGAUACGUUGUUGAAGUGGUACAAAUCUCGACAUCGGCAGGCCUUGCGAGUCAGGAGGUUAUUGAGAAAACCCUCCAGGGAACCAUCUGGUAUAUUGGACCCUACGAAGGCCUGCGCCCCUGCACGGCUGCUGACGUCUCUGGGUCUAGCUCUAUCGUUGAGAUCGGCAUUAGUAUCUUUGCGACGGCACUCACGGCUCUACGUCCAUUAAUGGCCAAGCUCCCGUGCUUCAGAGAUAUCAGUAGCGGUGACCACUCUGUCUCAAUUUGCCUACAACCGACCAAGGCCGCCAAGCAGGACCAGGAUGGCCGGAGCCGGCCACUUCGUUUCAACGGACUCAACAGCCCAUCCCUCAGCCCCACCAGUAGCCGAGACAACAUCAUUACUGAAGGCAUGAUGAGGGUCGAGAAACGCACUAGCAUUGAGAUCAGGUACAAAGAUCGAGGUGCUAUGUUCCAAGAUCUAAGGCAAGAUUGGUGGUGUUAA